AAAUAGCUCCGUAAACAGAGAAUGUCAAAAACUGAAAUCUCUGCCGUAAAUUUUAGCGUAUCAUUCUGUAAACUCGUCGUUUGAAUUUUCAUAUUGCUAAUUUAUAUACAUACAUAAAAAUGGCAAAUUUGGGUGGAGUUGAAAAUUUGUAUAAAGAAUUAAAAAGCGAGUGGUCUAAGAAGCCACAAAACCUUAAGAAGUGCGGACAAUUGCUAGAUAAUCUGAAGAUUGCCCUAACUAAACUAGCGUUUUUGCCAACUGGUGAUAUUAAAACGUCGAAAAAUGAAAUGGUACUAGCUCGCGAUGUUCUUGAAAUUGCUGUAGAGUACAGCGUCGCAAAUAAGGAUAUACCUGCAUAUGAACGAUAUAUGUCUCAAUUAAAGUGUUAUUACUACGAUUACAGGCAAAAAAUUGGCGAGUCCGACAAUAUGUACAAAUUACUUGGCAUAAACCUUCUCUACUUGCUCUCCGUGAACCGUGUUUCAGAAUUUCACACAGAAUUAGAGCUUUUGUCGGCCGACACCAUUCAAAAUAACAAAUAUAUUCGUCCGAUUCUCGCUUUGGAGCAAUAUAUAAUGGAGGGACGCUACAACAAAAUUUUCCAAGCAAAGAGUUCAGCACCUUCUGAAAUAUACAACCAUUUUAUGGAUAUCCUGCUUAAUACUGUUCGUGAUGAAAUAGGUGCUUGCAUUGAAAAAUCCUACGAAAAGAUAUCCGCUAAAGAAGCAGCUAAACGGUUAAACCUCGACUCAGUUGAAGAAGUAAAAGCUUUUGGCCAAAAACGCAACUGGAACUUGGGCCCAGAUGGUGUUUACAAUUUUGUAGAAAAAGUCGCCAAGCCAAAAGAGACGUUACCUUCUGUGGAGUUAGCAGAACAAGCAAUUUUCUAUGCCCGUGAACUAGAAAUGAUUGUUUAAAUAUUAAUUUCACACAAUUACAUAUAAAAAAGUUUGUAUUCAACUAAUAAACAUAAUUUAAAUUUAAAUAAGAGAA